GAACUGAGGUGUGUCACUUCACCCACUGCAGACAGAGGCUGCAGUCAGCCAGCACGGAGUCUCCACCGUCAGCCUACCACAGUCUGGAUCUUCUGCUCUAACUAACGAUGUUAGGAAGGACUUAAUGAUGACGGAUCAAAAGUCGUUAGAAGGGUUAAGGAUUAAUAUGAUGCUGGGAUGUGAUGUCUUGGUAAGCUAGCAGUGCCUGCGGCAAUAUAAGAGACAUAUUGCAGGAGGCAGUUACUGAUGACUCAUGGCGACAAUGUCCCAAACAUGGACCAUCUUCACUGUUGUUAUUGGGCUGGCCGUGCAGCUGUGCAUAGGUGAGAAAUAUCCUGAGAAAUCCUGUGCCAUCUGGUCUAGCCAUGGACCUGUGGUGCAGCGAGGCACCAGCUUUACGGUGUACUGCACCUUUAACUGCAAGUGCAAGGGAUCUAUGUACAGUGACCAUCCGCCAACACUACAGAGCCACAACGUAUUUAAUUCUACAACUAUAUAUUUUAAUGUAACAAACAUAACCAAAAACAGAACAUACAGCUGUCGGUGUAAAUGUCCUUCUCCUCUGGACCCCUGUGGACUGGACAUCUCUGCUGGAUAUCUACUAGAGAGGCCUGAAAAUAUUUCAUGCAUCUACAAAGUCAAAGAUAAUGAAAGCGGAGUUGUGUCCUGCACUUGGAACAGAGGACGAGAUACUUUUCUUAGGAACAGUUCAAAGCUGUGUGUGAGAACUGUAUCUAAAAGCCACGCAGAUACAGAGUUCAAUGUCUCCAGUAGAGGAACUGAUUUUCCAUCAGCUAGUUUCACUGUGACCAGCUCUGUCCAGCUGAUCUCUGUGUGGGUCCUAGCCCAAAAUCCACUGGGCUCUCAAGUGUCCAUCCCCAUCAACUACACGCUCAGUGACAUUGCGAUGCCAUCGACUCCUGCUCUUGGCCAACCGGAGUGCUCUUCCAGAGAGUGCAUCGUCAAAGUGGAGCUGCCUGUGAAGGCUCAACACCUAGAGAUCCAAUACAGAACAGAAGCUCAGACAUGGACAUCGUCUCCUGACUCAGGUGUGCAGAUGAGUUCGGUACAGGUUCGGUCCAUCUCCUCUCUGGAGCCCUACAUGUUGUACCAUUUCAGAGCCAGAUCCAAAUUCAGCAGUGGCCUGUGGAGUCAGUGGAGCGCAAACAUUUCAAGCUGGACUCAAGAGGAAGCGCCUGCCAAAGAGUUGGAUGUGUGGUACGCUGAGCUCACCUCUGACUCUAAAUCGCGAGUUUACUGGAAGGAGCUGAACAUUUCCACCGCUAGAGGGAAAAUCAUAGAGUAUAACGUCAGCGUUUACAGCCAAAACUCUGGAUUGGUCUUCGUCAACAAAGAGUCAAUUAGUGCCGAUGCCAGGGAUUAUUCAGUCCCGUUCUGUACCGACUGCGAAGUCACAGUAUGGGCUCGCAACUCCAAAGGGCUGUCCCCUCCUGCCAGAAUUAAAACCCAUCACACAAAAGCGAAGAGCACGCAGUUCGUGCCCCCUCAGGAUGUUGUGAGACAAGUAACUGCAGACAACCACAGUGUCACCAUCUCCUGGAGAAAGCAUGACACUGCACCGCUACAUUCAGCAUAUGUGCUGGAGUGGUACCCAGAGGGCCACAAGCUGGAGGAGCUCAGAUGGAUCAGACUGGGCCGGAAAGACAACCAUGCUGUUAUUACAGAUAUUAAGCCAUGUGAGUGCUACGAGGGAGCAGUAUAUGUUUUAAACAAUGAGAGCUCAGUGAGUAGGACCAGAUUUACUGUCUCCACUUUGGAAUCAGCCCCAGAAGUGGGUCCGUCAGUCCAAGAGACGAUUGAGGGAAACAAAGUAAAAGUGACCUGGACAGAGAUCCCCACGGGUCAGCGUGGGGGUUGUGUAACCAAUUACACCAUCUAUUUAGAGAACGAUAGCGGAGAGCUGAGGCCUUACGCUAUACCAGCAUCAAAGAGGAUGCACACCAUCAAAGACCUGUCUCCUGCUUCCUACAGCCUGUGGAUGACUGCUUCAACGGCUAAAGGAGAAGGCCCAGAAUGUCAAAAGGUCAAGUUCUUCAUCCAGCAGGAGACCCAACUAUCCCCCCUACUAGUGUGUGCAGUCGCCGCCCCGAUCGUGUUGUUUCUGGUGUGUGUGUACCAAUGUUCAGCAUUAAAGCAGAGGCUCUGGGUGUAUUUCCAGUGUGUCAUGCUUGAUGAUGUGCCAGAUCCUGCAAACAGCAAGUGGGCACAACAGUGUACCCAGGAGAAGGGCAAGAUGAACCUCCAGCUACCGCCGAGUAACUCCAGUGUAACCGAGGAGGAAGAAGAGCCCAUCCUGGUGGAUGUGGAGGAGCUGCCCAAGCAGAGCAGUGACAUCUGCACACUUACACUCUCUCCUCAAACCAGUCGGAGCCCCGAGUCAGAGCUGGCCACACUGGCCUACCCUCUGACCACCUACAUCAAGAGCUUCUCCCACGACUCAGACAGCUCCGACCACACGCAGACAUCACUGGACACCAACACAACUGUCGGCUACAUCUCAUCACACGGGCCGGAAAAUAUGGACGAGGAAUACCAGGAGGAGGAGGAGGAAGAGUUUGUAGAAAUGCUGGGUUUCUUCCCCAGUCACAACAUCUUCACAGAGCCGCUGGAGUUUGGAGGGAAGUUGACUCUGAAUACGGUCAAAAUUGACUGCAGUGACAUCUUUCAGAACAGUUAGUGUUAACCUGAAACCAGAACUAUUUGGUGAGGUGAGGUUUGAGUGAAAACGAUUUUUUGAGGAAGAGGACGGCUAGGUGGGGUUUCACCACCUAAACGAAAGACAACGAACACAAUGACUGGACGCGGUGCCUGGAUUCCUCUUCUUUUUUUUUUGCAUCACGCACCUUGCUGCAUGAACUACCUCCUUGCUCAUUGAAAUCUGAACUGUAACAAAAAAGCUCUCUUGCUGAAGUCUUCUAGAGCUGUUGUGCUGGAAUAACGUUUGACUGAAAAAGUACUUCUGUUUUCAUUUAAUGCAUUACCAUUGUUUUCUCUUCAGAGCAGCAUUGGACAUACUAACACCAUGACCUAUGUCCUUCAGAUAUUGUAAUUUCUCUCUGCCUGACUUAAAGUAUUUAAAUAAGACAUCUAUACACUGACAGCACUGAUAAGGCCCUUUUUCACAGCAGACAUUUUGACUUGUCAUAGUAGGAAAAACACAGGUGUUACUAAUAACAUUAAAGCUAUAGUGUGUAGUUUCUAAGAUGAUAGUCUUAAUUAGCUUUGUAGCAACUCAUUUGGCAAUGGCUUGAACGUAACGGACGAUCAUUAAUGUAAAAAAGUUACGCAGUAAGGCUUUAACAAUGGCUCCGUUGUGUUCAAGUGUCCAAGUAAGCCGCGGCAGUGUGACAGUGAGCCAGCAUGCACAACACCCUGAAACUGAAGCAGCUAAAUAAAUAGAAUUUAGCAAUCAUUUAUUUUAGUUGCACCUGUACUUUUCCUCAUGUGACAUGUCCAAAUGUCUCCUGUCCUGCAUGUAAAAGGACAAAUACAUACUCUAUCACAGUUUAAAUACAUCUACGCUACCUCAAUCUUAGCUCAUCUAAAACAGGAGAUAAGGGAAUGUCUCUCAGAUUUGUUAUGGGCAUGUAAUAUUGCUGCAUGAUGACAGAUGAUUCGUUAUUAUUUUGCUGAAGAUUGAUUGGAUCCGAAUCAUUAUCAAUCAAUUAAAACACUGUAUCUACAUUUUGUAAUAUUUGGAAACAGGAUGAAGAGUUUACAGGUAUGCUAGCAGCUCUGUGAGGCUGUAGGGCACAACCUGAUUUGAGCUAAAUGCUAACGUCAGCAUGCUUACAUGCUCACAAUGACAAUGCUAACAUGCUGAUGUUUAGCAGGUUUAGUCAUCCUGGUUUAUCUUGGCUUAUCAUCUUGGUUUAGCAUGUUAGCAUGCUAGUGUUUGCUAAUUAGCUCUCAACACAAAGUACAGUGAGGCUGAAUGUCAUUAGUUUUGUAGCUAUUUGGUCAUAAAACCAAAGUAUUGGACAAAUUUAAAUUUGGAUGAUCACCAAAGUUACUACAAGUCAUCCUACUCGUGAACUUAUAUGUGUGUACCAAAUUUCAUGGCAAUUAAUCCAAUAGUUUACAAGACAUUUCACUAAAAGCCAAAAAUAAUAACCUGCUGGGUGGUGCUAGAAGGGAAACUCAGGGAAUCAACACAGUGAGAUGCAUACACUUGGGACCAUGAAUGUCUGUAAAAAUGUCACGGCAGUUAGUGAAAGUUGUUGUUGUUGUUGUUGUUGUUGUUGUUGUUGUUGAGAUAUUUCAGUUUGUUCAAAGCGCUGAACCCGACCGACGAUGCCAUAAUAGACCUAGAGCCAGGCUGCUAGCAUGGUGAAAAGCUGAUGUUUAAAGUGUAAAAGUGUGUGUAAAUGUGUUUGUAUGUUUAGUGAUUUUCUUUACAGUUUCAUCAACAGCCUGGAAACUGUCUCUUUCUGUUAUUCUAUCAGUUUAAAGUCACACUAUGUAACUUUUCCCGCGGCUGUAGUUCCAAUGAGUCAACCUGUAGGGGGACCGAAGAGGGAAAAGUUACAUAGUGUUGCUUUAACUUGUAUAGACACUUUUGAUUCAUUUACUUGCACCACCUUAAUGGGAGAGUCUGAUUUUGUAAUUUUAAUGUCAAUGCAAAUAAACAAGUGAUUUCCUCCUCAGCA